ACUGAGCAGCCAUCGACAUCGUACAACCUACCAAACAGUCGAUCUCCUGAUUAGCGCACACAUUUAUAUUUGCGGCAUUAAGCAGAACAGAUAGUGAAACUCCUUUACAAUUGAUCCUUCGAGCUAGAAGUUUUCUAGUAAUGUCGAAACAAGCGCGACCCAUAAGCCCGGGCAAGAACUUCGUGGCGGGCGGGUUCGGAGGAGUCUGUCUGGUGUUUGCAGGUCACCCACUGGAUACCAUAAAGGUCCGUCUGCAGACUCAGCCUAAGCCUGCACCGGGUCAGACGCCUUUCUAUGCCGGAACCUUCGACUGUUUCAAGAAAACCCUUGCCAAAGAGGGGGUUCGGGGUUUGUAUAAAGGCAUGGCUGCUCCCAUUAUCGGGGUCACUCCCAUGUUUGCCGUGUGUUUCUUCGGUUUUGGUCUCGGAAAGAAGCUGCAGCAGAAAAGCCCUGAUGAAGUUCUGACGUAUCCACAGCUGUUUACAGCCGGUAUGCUUUCAGGUGUGUUCACCACCGCCAUCAUGACUCCUGGAGAGAGAAUCAAAUGCCUCCUGCAGAUCCAGGCGUCUUCAGGAGAGAUUAAAUACUCUGGGCCCAUGGACUGCGUGAAGCAGAUCUACAAGGAAAGUGGAAUCCGAGGCAUCUAUAAAGGCACAGCACUAACACUGAUGAGAGAUGUGCCUGCCAGCGGGAUGUACUUCAUGACCUACGAGUGGCUGAAGAACCUCCUCACGCCAGAGGGCAGAAGCCCGAAUGAACUGAGCGUGCCCAGUGUGCUGUUUGCUGGCGGUAUGGCGGGAAUCUUUAACUGGGCCGUCGCUAUUCCACCUGAUGUCCUCAAAUCCCGAUUCCAGACAGCUCCGGAGGGAAAGUAUCCUAACGGUUUCCGGGAUGUACUGAGGGAGUUGAUCAGGGAAGAAGGCGUGGUCUCGCUGUAUAAAGGCUUUAAUGCAGUCAUGCUCCGAGCGUUCCCUGCUAAUGCUGCGUGUUUCCUCGGGUUUGAGCUGGCUAUGAAGUUCCUGAACUGGAUCGCACCGAACCUGUGAUACGGUUGAGAGGGGCCAAGUGAAGAAUGUGAAUUCACACACACACACACACACACACACACACACACACAUUCACACUCCCACACUCACACUCACACACAUUGAUUGGUUGUCCUUCAGCAUGACUUUAGUUUAGUUUCACAUGUUUUUAUUUCAUGUUGAAGAGGAGUGAUGACGUGCCUUACACCAUGACCUCAGUCUCUGCUCCUCAGGGAAUCUGUGCGUGUGUGCGUGCGUGUGUGUGUGUGUGUGUGUUGGUGCCAGUUAUGUUUAUGUAAAACCCUUUUAGUGUUUAUUAAUAAUUAUAGUUAUAACAGUCAUGCAUUAAUAUAAUGAGAAAAAUAAUGAGAAUAAUAAUGAGAAUGAUGAUGAUGAUGAUGAUGAUGGUGAUGAUGAUGAUGAUGGUUCUGACCCGUUCUGAUUAUUAUGUAAAUCUGAUGCUGGAUUAUGUCAUACAAUUUUUUCCUUGUUUCUUUUUUUUUGUUUUGUUCAAUAAACAAACUGUUUCAAAUAUUCA